AUGCAAGAAUUUGCGACUCUCACCUGUGUGCGCUUCAUCCCACGCACCACAGAAUCUAACUUUCUGCAAAUUAAGGAUGCCAGCGGAUGUUGGUCCUAUGUCGGUAAGGUUGGAGGAAGUCAAACUGUAUCGGUGACAAGCAGUUGCAUGGUCCACGGCUCCGUCCAGCAUGAGCUGAACCACGCUCUGGGAUUCUUCCAUGAACAGAGUAGGAGUGACCGCGACAACUACGUCAAUAUCACAUACAGCAACAUCAUGCCAGGGGCCGAGGGGAACUUUCAGCAGUUUGACACACAGAAUCAAGGCAUGGAAUACGACUAUGGCUCCGUCAUGCAUUAUCCAAGAUAUGCUUUCUCUGUGGAUGGCAGUUCUCCCACCAUUGUGCCGAAACCAAAUGCCUCUGUCCCCAUCGGACAGCGUUAUGGACUCAGCACCUUGGAUGUUGCCAAGAUUAACAAGUUAUAUGAUUGCGGUCUCUGCCGAACAUUGCUCUCCAGUCCUAGAGGAUCCUUAACAUCUUCCAACUACCCCAAUAAUUAUCCCGCUGCCAGCCGCUGUUUGUGGCUCAUUCGUGUUCCAUCCAACCAGGUCUUCCUGCAAUUCCUUGCCUUUGAUGUGCAGACCUCCAUGGACUGUACUUCUGAUUACCUGAGGAUCUACAAUGGGCCCACCACUUCCUCCCCGGUGUUAUUGGACAGAGCCUGUGGAUCCGGCCAGCUUCCCCCCGAUGAUCUCUACAACCAAUACAAUGCUCCUUGA